AUGACGAAAUUUGUGGUAACCAAGUCCUCGCCGCCGGUGCUCGUGAGUCCAUCGGAGCCGACGCCGGCGGUGACCAUCCGUCCGACCUCCACGGACAAGUCUCGCCUCGGGCUGUCAUUCACGGCGUUGCUCGUCUUCGAGCGCCAUGUCCACGAGCCGGCUGACACCAUAAGGCGCGCACUGUCGCGUGCUCUCGUUCUCUACUACCCUUUAGCCGGCCGCCUCGCCGUCGCCGGCGACGGCAGCGGCGACGUGCUGUUCUCGUGCACCGCCGAGGGUGUGCUGUUCGUCGCUGCGGCGGCGGCGAGCUGCACCCUGGAGGACGUCGGCUUCCUUCGAGCGCCGCUGGUGAUACCACCGGCCGACCUCGCCGGCCGGUACGGCGGCGAGCAAUGCGGGAUGUCUGACCCGCUGGCGAUGGUGCAGGUGACCGAGUUUGCGUGCGGCGGGUUCGUCGUCGGGGUGACGUGGAACCAUGGCGUCGCUGACACCUGCGGGGUGGCGCAGUUUCUGCGAGCCGUCGGCGAGCUCGCCUCCGGGGCGCCGUCGCCGUCCGUGGUUCCGGUCAGGUACGACCCGUCCAUGCCUGACAUCCCGCUGCAGCUGGACGCCGGCGUGCUACGGGCGGGCGGCGGCGCCGUCUUGAAGCACGUCGACUUCGCCUACUGCGACAUUACCAUCCCAUGGAGCUUCGUCAACCGCGUCAAGGCGGAGUUCGUGAGCCAGCACGGCGGCGGCCGGCGCCGCUGCUCCGUGUUCGACGUGGUCACCGCCGCGAUAUGGCAGUGCCGGACCCGCGCAAUCCGCGGCCGCUGCAGCGGCGGCGAUGCCCCCGUAGCGCUCUUCUUCGCGGUCAACGUGCGGAAGCUCGUCGGAGCCAGGGACGGCUACUACGGCAACUGCAUCACGCGGCAGGUGGUGGUCGCCACGGCCGACGCGGUGGCGAGCGGCGGCAUCGUCGAUGUGGUGAAGCUCAUCAACGACGCCAAGGAGCGGGUGCCGGAGGAGCUCCUCCGGAGCAAUCAGGACGCCGACGGCGGCGGGCACCUCGUCGGCGCGCACCGCCGCCUGUACGUGGCGAGCUGGGGUGGCCUCGGCCUCGACAUGGUCGACUUCGGCGGCGGGGGGCCCGCGAGGGUGAUCCCCAACAUGGAGGUGACGGUGAUGCCGUCCUGCUUCCCGUGCCUGCCGUGCUCGAGGAUGGACGGCGACGGCGACGGCGGCGUGAACGUGGUGGCGUGGUGCGUGACGGACGAACACGUCGAUGUGUUUCGGGCUGAGUUGGCGAGGCUCCGAUGA